UGGUGAGUAGGGGAAGGAAGUGUGGGGGAGGAGUGGAGCUGGGAGACGCUGCAGGCGGCGGCGGUGGUGGUGGUGAGACCAGUCGAGCUGUGCUGGUGGGGACGCCAUAUUCCUGCGGCCCAUCCUAGCCGCCGCCCUUCAGCCUCCGCACACACCGUUUCCGACGCAAGAUACCUUACUUUGCAAAAUAGCAGAUAGAGAAGUGAGCCCUAACCUGUUGCAUGGCACAGGAUAACCCACCACAAUGGAGGAAGGCUACCUUGCACUGCGCUGGAACAACCACAACACGAUCUUCACCAAGCUCCUCACCCUUCUGCGGGAGCAAGAAGCAUACGUGGAUGUGUCGCUGGCGUGUGCUGGAAGGUUGUACCCCGCCCAUAAGUUUGUGCUAUCAACAUGCAGCGACUACUUCAAGGAAAUGUUCUCCAAGAACCCUUGCAAGCACCCCAUUGUCUUCAUGAAGGAUGUUUCAACCAAGGACAUGGAGGCACUGCUGGACUUCAUGUACAAGGGGGAGGUGCAUGUGCCCCAGAGUGAGCUGGGGUCACUGCUACGUACAGCUGAGGGUCUGCAGGUUAAAGGUCUGGCAGUGCCGGAUGACUCCCCACGUGUCUCCUCCUCCUCCUUAUCUUCCACCACCCCAGUUGUGCCUUCCAUCCCAUCCGUCCCACGCUCGCAUCCGCCCACUCUCGUGGCGCCCUCUCACCUUCGGGGCAACAAACGCAAGAGAGCAGCUGAGUCGAGUAGAAAAGAUGAUCCACCUAAAUUAACACCACGGCCAGAUCUUGGAUCCCAGACCCACAAAUUCUCCAACCGACAACGCAGUCGGCCAGCAACCAUGCCAGAGCUGAAGAGAAUAAAGCGCGAGCCAGUGACUGGAACUGGGGAAAACAUGGAACCUGGGGAAGUCCCUCACUCCCCAAGCCCUGUCCCCAGUAGCCAUAACAGUGAGGACCCCCAGCUGAACCAUGCCAGCAAGAUCAAGACUGAACACCCAGACUUAGAAAAGGAGGAGGAAGGUGACCCAGAGGAGGACGAGGGUGUAGCUGGUGAGGGGAUGUCUGGAGAAGAUGGGCAGGAGGAGGAAGAGGAAGAUGAGGAGGAGGAAGAAGAGGAGGAAGAGGAAGAGGGAGAGGGACUUUCCCAUGGACUGUUCUCAGAUGUGGAUGCCUGUGAGCAGUCUAACUCUUCCCUCCCAAACUCAGAUAUGUCCACAACUGAGCUCCUUCAAGUUGACCUGAGUGAGGAUGGCACACAGUUCAUCAUUGGUCCUGGAGGGUUUGGGGAAGCCAUGUCCCGAGCCUCCUCACUGGCUGGGGACGAGGAGAGGGAUGGGGACCGGGAACAAAAGAAGCCAUUUGUCUGCCCCUUGUGUGGCCAGUCCUUCACGCGCAGGGAUAACUUGGCAAACCAUAUUAAGACCCACACUGGUGACCGUCCAUUCAUGUGCCAGUAUUGCCACAAGUGCUUCUCCAGGAAAGAUUACCUGAAGCAGCAUGAACGAAUCCACACGGGAGAGAAACCAUACGCCUGUGACAUCUGCGGGCGAGCCUUCACACGCAAGGAAGGUCUCACCGACCACAUGCGUUGCCACUCAGACUUCAAGGCCUUCUCCUGUGAAACCUGUGGUAAGAGCUUCAAGCAGAAGUGUGGGUUGCGGUUUCACAAGAGGAACUACAAGCACUGACCUCUUGAAGAAGGUGGGCACUUAAUUUAUUAGCUCACAGCUAAUGAGGAUCUUGGUGUGCAUUGGGUAUAUUGUGUACAACAAGUGCUGCAAGGGUAGACUGUUGUGACACAAUAUAGGUUAAUGAAGUGGAUUAAUUUAUGAUUAAAAUUUAGUUUUAAUACAUAAGAUAAUUUUUAUCAAUGUAAGUCAGUUUUAGAUAUGAUUUAAUUUUGUACAAGAUAUUUAAAGUUAUGAGUUUCAUAACCUCAUUAACUAGUACUCUUGCCUUAGCACCUAUCACCCAAGUCCUGACUUGACUGCCCCACUGGCCUCUGCUCUCGGGGAAAGAGAAUUGCAACAACCCUUUGGCAGUCGUUUGUUUGGGCACUGCAUCUCAUCAUUGACAAAAUCUUAUUUAGAUUUAAUUUAUAUUUUCUUCUUAAAUGCAAGAUGACAAGUUUACCUCUCAACACAGCUAAUCAAAAGUGCUGGUCUUUGCACCUGUGCUGACCAUUUCUCUUACAUUGUAUUUGUCAGUCACAUAUCACACAAUAGAUUAAUAUAAUUUGUUUAUAGGAGUUAAUGUUGAGUUUAGUCAGUAGAGGCAGUCUGCUGAGGCACUUGUUCCUCAUGUAUUCUUCCUUGAUCUCAAACCCGCAAGCUUUGAGCCUAAACAAAAGUGUGACAGCUGUCCUGGCCUGGGGAGGGUGUGCUGCCUCCUUCAUGUCCUGCAUGCACCCUCCUCAUUGUCUCGGGGAGCUUGCUACACUUUGCCUCCUGUACAUUAUCAACAAACCACAGAUAUAUCCUUGUGUCAGUAUUUUUUUGUUUAGUGCACUACAUUUUGUUGCCAAAGAAAUUUCCCUAAGAAUAUAGUGGCCAUAGAUAACUAUACAGUAUACACUUCCACUUACUCUACAUACUCUCUCUGAACACAAGUUUUCCGUGACAAGUAUUGAUGCUUAAUGGCACAGUACUGUGAAAAGUAAUGUUUAUGAGGUACAGUUGCAUUUAUAUAUUUGAGACAAUUUCUGGAAUCACUUACUCUAUGGUUGGUGGGAAUUUCAAGGUCAUUAACCAAUCCAUGCUGUCACUCUGGUGCCUCCACCACAGACAGUGACCCUGAGUACUCAAGGAUGCUGCUCAUGUACAUAAAGCACUGUACUCUCCACCUGUACUCACUUGGCCUUAUUAGCCUGAUUCAUUGCUUGCUGCCUCAGCAUUGGUAUUGCUAGUAAGGCAAGAUUGCUAAUCCUGUGUUAAUUUUUCAAUUAUUUAUUAAUUUGUUACUUCUAUCAUCUUACAUUGUAUUGCUUUUGUUUAAAUUAAUUCAUGCAUCACAUGAAAUCUCACCCAAAAAUGUGUGAAAUUUUGCACUUUUCCUUAUUUAAUUUGUAUUUUAGUGCUCAUUGGUUUUGUACACCUUGUCUGUCAUGAGUGUGAUGCACCGUCAUGCCCGCACAUUUUUACCCUGACAAUACAAAUUAAUGUGUGAAAUCUUUUUAGAGAAAUUACUUCCAAAGAAUCACUGGUGGCUCUUCUUUACAACUGUUGUGUUCUCAACCCACAGAUCUGCACAAAAGCUGUCUAGUUAACUGUAUUUGUUAGAGGUGUAUUCCUGGAUCCCAGUGAAUUUAAUAGGACUUGUUUGUAACUAAGUCAUAGUUAGAAGUUGGUUAAUUUGCCACAUCCUUCCAGUGUUUUGCAUUUUCCUCAUCUUAAGUUUGAUCCGGUGGCAGUCUCCUUACACUUAACAUUGUCAUCAGUUCAGAGGUCUUAAGAUGGAGGGAAUGUGCUAAACACAAAUUAAGUGAGUGAGACAGUUCACUUAACUAUUAACUAUGACAGUACCUUCAGAUCUGACAUCAUGGCCUCAUAUUUCACAUUUUUGAUGACAUUUCACAAUCUUUAUGAGAAUGUGCAGUCAUAAGGCAGUGUGAAGUUGGAAGAAACAUGACUCAUUCAGUGAAUUAAUAUGAAAUGGAUUGAUUGCUACAUUGAGAGAGAUUUGAGUUGUUAGUAAAAAUUGUUUCUAAGACUGCACUGGAAAACGUGAGUGAAAUAGCCCCAGGUUUUGUUAUGUGAUGUUAGAAUAUUUGUAGCAGAGACAGGAAUCAUUGUGAGAAUAGGUGCUUCAUAUCUACAAGGUUGAUGGUUGGUGGCUGUCUAGACGCAGACCAUAAGAUCUUGCUACCUGCCCAGUUUUUUGGUGAAUGCUCUGAUUUAUGGACAGUAUUAUUAUUGUAUAUGAUGUAGGUAAUUUUGGUCACAUUUUUCUCUAUGUAAAUCAGAGUUUUUGUAAUUGCAGGAAGGGAAAUACUUGUUGUUGAUAGAGCCAAUGCCGGCAAUCCCCUCACAGUGUGUCAUUGCAGUAACAGAGAGUCGCCAAAUCCAAGAAUCAUGUAGAACAUUAUGCAGAACCAUCUCUGAUUUAAAUGUCAUUGUAAUGGCCACUGGUAGACUGAGAUGCUGUGAGAUGCCUGUGGUGAUGCAUUCCUGCAGUUACAGCAGAUAGAGCAAGUAAUGUCAGCAUCAAGGCCUAGAACAUUGGAUCCGUUACACUUUUGAUAGCAAGACAUCAGGCCGUGCUUUAUUUGUUUCUUGACAAGUGGAUGCAAGUUUCCAGCAGCAUCAAUGCAUCAGUUCUCGUAGCAUUGUAGUACGUAUACGACUUCAUACUAACUCUUCCAUGCUGGGAUAAUGAAGAUCCCAGCUUCUGUCUGACCAUAUAUAUACCUGUUUGAAGACCCAAUUAUCAUCAUCUUUAUCAUGACCCCACUUCCCACAGCACAGAGAGAUCCAGACCCUGAAGAAAUAAUUAAAUAUUAAAGAUUGUCAGUGUCAAAGGCCACAGUAGAUUACUUAAAUGAGCCUUGCAUUCCUUUACAUAAUUUCUCAAAAUUUAUUUAUAAUCUCUAGACUCUUAAGUACAAAUCCAACACGUCAGAGUUACGGUGGCAAGGUGCCCAUCAAGCCAUGAGUUGUUUAUCAUGACUACAGUUUCAUUGCUCUUGUUUGGGUGUUUUGAUUGGAUUAGUACUUACAAACCUCUUGUAGGAGAGUAUUCCUUGCAACUCAGCCUGAAAUCUGUACAUGCAAAGUGGCGAAUGGACCGCAGCAAAGCAGGUUUCAGCUCCUCGUUGAGGAAUGGAGUGUAGUGGGCGAAAGAUUUGGUGUCUUACUUUUGUCAGGAGAGCUGGAGCACUCCCCAGAGAUUGCAUUUCAGGGUACAAUGUAUAGUUGUAAGCUGCAGCAAGUGCCCUCAUUCCUCAGCAACUGUAGCCUUAUUACCUUGAACCUUGUGGCCAGAUUAUGUUUCCUUUGGCAAAGAUAUAUUCCAUUAAUUGCUAUGCCGUGCCAUUAUGUGAAGCUUUGUGGGGCAACUCCCAUACUUGAUUGACUGUACGUUAUUGAUGGUAUGAAAUCCAAGUUGAAUUAGAAGUACCCCUUCAAUUGGAUAGGCAUUUGGCAGCAGGGAUCAAUAAGGGGCCACUGCCUUUGUGUUAGUGGAUCACUAAUCCUGUAAAACUGAUCUGGAAAUUGUAUUAGCAGUAUUUAAGGAUUUCUGUCCAGAAAGGUCUUUUAUGUGUAUAUAAAGUUACUUUUUUGUUCUCAGUGUAAAUUGUAAGUGAUUUGUCUGUCUGCCAUAGAGGUAAACUGUCAGUUGUGAACUCUCACUCUACCUCUGAGGUGUCAUGUGUCCUGGUAUCAAGAAAUCUGGCAGUUGCAGUAGUCCUCUCCUGUUCACCAGCAAAUUAAUCACAAGCAGUGCCUCACCAGUAUACAGAGCCUGUGACAACAUUUAAACAUGGAGCAGUUUUUCAAGUUUCUCUUUGAAGUACUAUCACAAAGACUGCCUAUAGGCUCACUGUAUAUUAUUUUUGGUAUAUCUUUACAAGAUGACUGAAAAUCAUGUGUGGCUUGUUUUGCAUGGCCCACAUUCCUUGAAAAUGUGUAUUUUGCAUCACAGUCCCUUUACCUUGAAUGUGACAUAAGUUUGCCAGUCAUUUUGUACAUCCCUCUGACAUAAUUCCAUAUACAUACAUAUUAUCAGCAAGUCUGAGCUUGCCUUGAGCUGUGAGGUGUGGCUAGUACUGAGACUCACAGCCAGAUUUGACAUCCUUUCCCCCUCCCUCCUCCCUCCACUGUCUGCCCCACCCAUUGCCUUGACACCUCCUCCAGGAUGCACUCUCAUCCAGCCACUGUAACUAGUCUCACAUUUCAGAAAGGUUCUUGAACAAAUGGCUUCAUAUUUUUGCAUAUAGUAAAUGUUAAAGAAGUUGCCAUGUUUACUUGGGUUUGACAGUCACUUUUCUUAGUCUUAGCUGUAAGAAUUCAUGUGAUAGGACUAAUUUAUAAGACUUAUUUUGACAAAUAAACUGAAAGGAAUG